AUGCCGAAGAAUGAGGACCAGGAGCAAGUCCAAUCCAAAGAACGCCUCCAGGAUGUCAUUGAGGGGAUGGGAAUGGGCCCAGCUCAGAUUGCCUGGGGAAUCUUGGGUGGUGGAAUUUGGCUCGCUGAUGGAGCAGAGCUUCUCUUAGUGAGUUCCGUUACGAGGUCGCUUCAAAAGGAAUGGCACCUAACAGCCGUCAUGAAGGGCCUCAUUGUAUCAGCAGUCUACCUGGGAAUUCUCAUUGGAAACGCCGCUAGCGGUGGUUGCAGCCACCGUUUCGGCCGCCGGGAGAUGAUCGUCCUCUCGUACUGUGGCAUCUUCCUUUGUGGAUUUGUGAGUGCAGCUUGUCGGGCUGCAAUGGCCUUCAUGAUCAUGCGAUUCCUGGGCGGCAUCUUCAUUGGAAUAGGCCAGCCAGCCUGGCUCUCUAUCAGCGCAGAGAUUACCCCUGCCUACUGGCGAAUUCCCAUGGCUGCUGUUUCUCAGUCCUUAUUCGUCGUUGGAGAGAUGUACAUAUCAUUUCUUUUGAUGAUGGAUGACUCAAACAUGCAGUUUUUGCAUUGGCGAGUGCUGCUCCGCCUGGGAACUGUGCCUUCAUUGGUUCUCUUCACUCUCAGCAUGUCGUAUCUGAACGAGUCGCCCAUGUUCCUUGCCCUCAAAGGGCGGAACAAAGAAGCUCGCAGCGUGGUGGAGAGCAUGGGGAGGCUGAAUAAAUCGCCGCCCAGCACGCUGGACUUUGAAAAGCCCUGUGCAGAAGUGAGAGAGGGAACAUUGUUCUCACAAAUGUCGAGACAAAUGACCUUGGUCUUCAGUGAGGAGUUCAUCGUUUGUACCUUUGUGAUCAUGUCAGUGUGUUUCACGCUCAACAUGGUGUACUUUGGCAGCCUCUUCGCUUUCCCUCAGGUGCUGCCCAUGCUGAUGCAUGGACAGGCAGCCUCGGAGCUCUUGGUGGGCGCACUUUGGGAACUGCCUGGCCUGGCCACAGGCUUGCUUCUGGGCAUCACAGCAUCCAGGCGUAAUUCACUGAAAGUCUACCUUACAGCUUUGACAUGUUCCAUUGUGUGCUUCAUCGUGGGAGCCCAUGGCCACCCUGAGCAUGGAAAGCUCAUGAAGGUCUUCCUGUACAUUGGCUACUAUGGCAUCAAAUGCGUCCCAAACAUCGGAUUUAUCGUGGCUUACCAGAUGUCUGCAGAGCUCUAUCCGACGGAGGCAAGGAGCAUGGGAGCUGGGUUGGCCUUGGCAGCUGGUCGGUUGGCGGCCAUGAUUUCUCCAUUGAUCUACGAAGCUGUUGUGAUCUGGACGGGGACCUAUUUGGUCUUCUUUCUCUUGAUGGCCACGAUGUGCGUGAGCAAUUUGUACAUGGUCGCUUGGAUUAUUUCUGUGGACUGGGGCCAGGGGCCAUUGGAAUCUCAAAGGGAGAGCGAGUCCAUACUGGAAAAUAUGGCCGAGAUUUUGUUGAAGUUGCACUGCAGCCCUAAUUGUCACCUCCACCUGAUGAUUUGGAACAUUUGUCGGGCUUUCAAGUUGCCUCCAAAUUUCACUGUUGCUGGCUUGAAAGAUGCCUUGGUGCAGGUGAUGCCGAUUAACAAGGGCAAUCCCGAGAGGAUUCAGGACGACCAAUUCCUGCGAGGAGUCUUGUUUGUUGAGAAAGCCAUCUUCGCUUGUCCUCUGCCAGGGAAGGCAUGGAUUGAGUUGGGGCGCUGGAACCCCGUGUCGCUCCUCUUUCUGGUCCCAGCAUGGUCGUACCAAGUGUCUGGUCCAGCUGAUCAUUGGUGGUUUGUUGCCAGGAGUGCGAACAACAUGUACUUUUAUGCUGCUCAGUUCUGCAUGGACGAAAGUGGAAAGAACCACGUGACUGGUUCGGUUUACCUGGGACUGCCUGGUGCUGUGGCCAGCGGCCUUCAAUACCCCGAGGCCAACUGUUGGCUUGCAAGGGAGUGGGCCCCUUGCAGAAAGCCUCGCGCCAAGCGAGAUUUGGACAGGUUAUUGAUGUCGAAUCCCUCAGCGCAAAUUCCCUAUUCCUGGAUGGACAACAAUUGUCAACAUUUCGCGGUGAACCUUUACGAAGGCGAUCAUGGCCACAUUGCUUGA